CGAGCUAGGCCUUUAUGCCUUCAGGCUGAUAAAAGCACAUGUCGCUGCUCCUGGACGGUCAAGUUUUUUUUUGUAAAUUUGGUAUUUCAUUGCCGCAUCUGACACUUGACAAAGUCUUGCGUUUUACAGCUUGAUAUACUGGCAAACAAACGAACACUAGCAAACAAUCGAAAUGGGAAUGGGCGAUUCUGACACUGCCAACGGCACUGUACGUACGUCAGUUCCGGGGGUUCCUGUCACGAUCGAGCGGAAGCCCUUCGUCCAGGACGAGCAUGAGGACCAGAGGCUGCCCAACGCUGGCACGGCCCGUGUCAACACUGCCGCCUCGUAUGAGCAUCCAAACGGAACGACCGAGGACGGCUAUGCCAGGCGACACAGCCACCAGACGGUGCUGCAGCAGCACUGUGACUUUUUCGACCGGGACCAAGACGGUGUGAUUUGGCCGCAAGACACCUUUGUCGGCUUCUACCGUCUUGGCUUUGGUGUAAUUCUGUCGCUGAUUUCCGUCUUCAUCAUCCACGGCAACUUUUCCUACCCCACGAGUCCAUCCUGGAUUCCGGAUGCUUUCUUCAGGAUCCACCUCGACCGUAUCCACAAGGACAAGCACGGCUCUGAUACGGGCACCUAUGACACCGAGGGGCGGUUCGUGCCGCAGAAGUUUGAGGACAUCUUUGCCAAGUACGCCCCCGGACAGGACAGCCUCACCUGGAGAGAUGUUAUGCAGGUUUUGCACGGCCAGCGGCUGUACGCAGACCCCAUUGGCUGGUUUGCCGCGGUAUUUGAAUGGCUUGCAACGUAUAUUCUACUAUGGCCAGAAGAUGGACACAUGAAGAAGGAUGAUAUCAGGGGAGUCUACGACGGCAGCAUCUUCUAUACCAUCGCUGCCCGUCGGGAGGAACGGGUCAGGCAGAAGAGCAGCUAGUCCUCCUGCCUGAGCCUACUUUGUCCUCCCCCAGCUGAUGCUCGGUUUGAUCCUUGCUAUGUUUUGGUGCAAAGGACAUGUUGGGGAGUUUUCAUCCUCGGCCAUACGUAGCUCUUUGGUUCUGCGUGAGGUACCUACCUACCUACCUACGCAACUACGUUUCCGUAUAGUACCCCACUUUAAUUGAUAUCGACGUAUUUGGUUGCUAUGCAAACGCGAGAUUGGUCGAUUUGGUCAUUUGGUCCCCUUGAUCCAUGUAUGUCCGGCGCGUUCUCGACCGCGCUCUCUCC